GCCUCCGGCCGGGGAAGAGGUGCCUGGAGCCACCAACAACUCACCCGUCAGCUCUCGGCUGGUGAAGACUGAGUCCUCUGACUGGCCCCCUCCCCCAACCCCUGGGGUCCUCCAGCCCUGUCCCGUGUCGUCUCAUCCAGGGCUGCAGUACCCUCACGAACCUCCCGCGGGCCAUCCUCGGAAGCUGCAGAUUCCCUCUCCCCAGGCGCAUGGCCCGAGGCCGGGGGUGACAGACAAGAGGGUCGAGGGGUAGGGACGCUGGGUCCUUGAUAUCAGCUCGGCAAAGUCCUCGCUGGGCGGUGGAGGGGCCCAUCCCGGCUCCUGGUCUUACCUGGCCCGCGUAGCGGCCACGUCCCUCUCCGGCUGGGCUCACGCCGCCCUUCUCGGGCGCCAAAUCCCGGGUCGGAGAGCCUGAGACCUCCGGGCCAGCGCUGCCAUCGCAGCCAGACCGGAGGGAGGCGGGUGCGCCGGGAGCGAGGCUCGCAGUUUGGGGUGGGGGCGGCGGCUUUUGAGUCGCCCGAGGUUCGGGUGCAAUAAAGGCGCGGCUAAUGUAAUUUACAAACAGCUCGGGCCGAGCGCGGCGCGGCGCCCGGACUGACAGGCGCAUUAGGCAGGCUAAUUCCAGCCGGCUCCUCCUACCCCCGGCCCGCUAAUUAAUGAGCUUCCCAACUUAGAGCCGCCUGCAUUGGACAGACAGAGAGUGAAAGAGAGGGCGAGGGAGAGGGAGAGAAGAAGAGAGACGGGGGGGAGCAGAGAAAAGAGAAGAGAGAGAGAGAGGGAGGGAGAGAGAGAGAACAGGAGGAGAGAGAACAGAGAGAAAGAAGAGAAAGGAGAAAGGGAGAAAGGAAAGAGAAAUAGAGAAGUGCCGCUGCAGAUAAUUGAUUACUCCUCGAUCAAGGCUAACUUGUUAGCAAUAGUCAAUUGCCCCAUCUCUCCGCCUCCCCUCGCAGUACGGGAUCGGCGCCCUCGCCUCGGCUUUUCCAACUGCCGCCGCCAGGACCCGGGGCCAGGAGCCGCCGCGGAGCCACCUGACACCUUUAAAUAGCACCGGGGCUGGCGAAACUGGAGCCCCGCGAGGCGCGCCCCGGCUCGGGCCGCGGAUUGCUGGAAGCCCCGGCGGCGGCGGCGGCACCCGCGUCAGCGCCCUCCUCCCGGGGCCCCGUGCGGCUCUGCUCGCCUCUGCCGCUGCGCUAAUCGGCCCCGCGCCUGGCCCCGCGCCUGAUCCCGCGCCUGGCCCGGCGCGGCCUCCUUCCCGCCCGCCUCUGCCGCCCACCCGCGCCGCCCGGCGCCCGAGCUGCCCGCGGGCUGGGUCCCCGCGGCCCGAGCCGCCCCGGCCGGGCCCCCAAACGAGGCCGAGAUGACUUCCAAGGAGGACGGCAAGGCGGCGCCGGGGGAAGAGCGGCGGCGCAGCCCGCUGGAUCACCUGCCGCCGCCCGCCAACUCCAACAAGCCGCUGACUCCGUUCAGCAUCGAGGACAUCCUCAACAAGCCGUCUGUGCGGAGAAGUUACUCGCUGUGCGGGGCGGCGCACCUGCUGGCGGCGGCGGACAAGCACGCGCCGGGCGGCUUGCCCCUGGCGGGCCGCGCGCUGCUCUCGCAGACCUCGCCGCUGUGCGCGCUGGAGGAGCUCGCCAGCAAGACCUUUAAGGGGCUGGAGGUCAGCGUCCUGCAGGCAGCUGAAGGCCGCGACGGGAUGACCAUCUUUGGGCAGCGACAGACCCCUAAGAAGCGGCGAAAGUCUCGAACAGCCUUCACCAACCACCAGAUCUACGAGUUGGAGAAGCGUUUCCUCUACCAGAAGUACCUGUCCCCCGCCGAUCGCGACCAAAUCGCGCAGCAGCUGGGCCUCACCAACGCUCAGGUCAUCACCUGGUUCCAGAAUCGGCGCGCCAAGCUCAAGCGGGACCUGGAGGAGAUGAAGGCCGACGUGGAGUCCGCCAAGAAACUGGGCCCCAGCGGGCAGAUGGACAUCGUGGCGCUGGCCGAACUCGAGCAGAACUCGGAGGCCGCGGGCGGCGGUGGUGGCGGCUGCGGCAGGGCCAAGUCUAGGCCUGGCUCUCCGGCGCUCCCUCCAGGCGCCCCGCAGGCCCCGGGCGCCGGGCCCCUGCAGCUCUCGCCCGCCUCCCCGCUCACGGACCAGCCGGCCAGCAGCCAGGACUGCUCAGAGGACGAGGAAGACGAAGAGAUCGACGUGGACGAUUGAGCGGCGCCCGGGAUCUUCCAUCGCGCCGGGCCCCUAGCGCCCGUCUGCCCGCCGCCUCCCGGACCGCCGAGGGGAGCUGGGACCUCCUCUGCAACUCCCGCCUUCUUCCCUGUCUCCGGCCCGGACUCAGCUCCCGGCAGCCGCCUCCUCCCUCUCGAAGCAAUAAACCCGGGCUGGCCGGCCGGGCCGGCCGCCGCGCGCGGCCUCCGCCGCCCCGGGAGCCCUUGCCGUGCAAUUCUGUAUGGCUCCUGUAUAAAUAUUUAAACCUAUAUAGCGGGUUCUUCCCACCUCAGCCUGACUUUUUUUUUUCUUUCUUUCUUUCAUUUUUUAAAAUCUCGGAGAUUUCCAUGUUUUCAAAGCUCUCAGGCUGCCGGGUUUGCUGAGGGCGAGGCAGUAUCGAGGGUAACGAACACUGAAGCCCGCGGUCCGGAGGAGGGGGCGCGCCCCGACUGUUUUGAUUUUUCUCUGCAUGUGGCGAAUGCACUGGCCCUCUUCCUCCUCGCCUCCCUAGGCCUAUUGCAGUUGACUUCUUUUAUUUCCAUCUGCCCCUUUUCCCCGCGUGGGAAGGGGCUGAGGGGGACAGCCGGGUCCUGACUUGCAAGUUUCAAAUCGAUCUCUUCUCUCCCCCCACCCCCCAUCCCCAGAAGUCUGUUUUCGAUGCCGGUUUCUGCCUCCCAAUGUCCACUAACGCUAUUUUUAAGAUUCCUCCUUACCCUCUCUCGGUUUCCUUGGAUUGACUGCUGGGGUCCGGGUCUUAGGGACAAAGCAGGGGGAAAUCCAACCGAUCAACCAACUAAAACAGAACCCAAAGCCCUAGAAUUAUUUUUUACUCUUUCUAGAAUUUUUUUGCAUGUGACAGAGACUAAGAGGAGGCCAACCUAAGCCCUCACCCCACCUCCUCCGCAGCUCUGGGUCUGUCUUGCAGGUCUCCAACGCCCCGCUCCUAGCUCGACUUGGCCAGACAAGGGUGACUCGAUGAGGGUGGGUCCUGCGUGCCCCUUCCCUGCUCCUGCCCUCUCCUCUCCGGACUGUACCCAAGGCCUCUUUCUCCGAUAAAUAAAGUCUUUGCCAUUUUACUAGAA